AUGAUGCUAGAAGCAGCAUUGAAGUUCAAGAGUGUUUUUAAGUAUAUGGAAGGGGAUGCAUACUACAUUAAGUAUUUUGAAGAAGAAAGAGUUAAUGGAGAGAAACUUGAUGGCCCACCAGAAGCUAGUGAUUGGAGUAAUGCUGAAGUAUUUGUUAACUUUCUCAAAUCUUUUUAUGAACUCACUUUGAAGUUUAGUGGGUCAUUGUACGUGACAUCAAAUCUUUUCUUUCAAGAGAUUUUGCAAGUUCGAGUUGAGCUCAAUGAUAUGAAGGCUAGUAAAGAUGAGUUGAUAAGUAAAAUGGCAGCGAGCAUGCAAUUGAAGUUUAACAAGUAUUGGGGCAAUAUUGAGAAGGUUAACUUGUUGCAGUAUAUUGCCUCCAUUUUGGAUCCAAGAUUCAAACUUGAUGUGGUUCGGAACGGUUUCAGGUACCUCUAUGAGUCAAUUAUAGCUGAAACAAUGAUCAAAAAAGUUGAAAAUAUGAUGACUAGCUUGUAUGGUUUUUAUCAAAAUAUUGUUGUGCUGCCUAAUUCUUCCAAUGAUCAACAAGUAACUGAAAAUAUUACUUCCAAAUCCAAUGCAAGUGGAAAUUCAAGUAGCACAUCAUUCCUUAUCAAGCUCAAGUUUGUGUCAAGUGAAGAAAUCACUAAUGAUUUGGAUGAUUAUCUUAAUGAUAGAAAGGAAAAAUUACUUGAAAAUGUGGACUUUGACAUUCUUGAUUGGUGGAAAAGGAAUAGUAGUAAGUAUCCUAUUGUCUCUCGCAUUGCUAGAGAUGUUUUGGCUGUUCAAAUGUCUAGCGUUGCUUCCGAAUCAGCUUUUUCUACUGGAGGACGAAUACUUGAUCCAUUUAGAAGUUCUUUGUCUCCAAAGACAGUUGAGGCGUUAAUUUGCUCAAAGAAUUGGUUGACUUGUGAGUAUGAUGCUCCUGUUGUGUUGAGACAAUACAUGAACGAAAUUGAAGAUUUGGAGACUUCCGAACUAGUUGAAUCAGAAGAAUGUAUUACAACAAGCGUAGGAACGGAUACAACUACUAGUGGUGCUUUAUGAUCAAUUUCAUGGAGUUGUUCGAUGAUUGCCUUUUGGAUUUGUUUUGUAUAAUUGUGCUAGCUUUUUAUAUUUUGGACUAUGAAUAGAUUGUUCUGUUAUGUCUCUUUUUUUUAAAAAAAAAAAACUUUUGGAUUGCUU